GUGUUUCCUCUACGGUAAUGUUUACUUUUAAUGAGCCCUCUAACUUACUUUCUUACGGAAACAAAAGCAGUUCCAGUUACUCAUUAUUGGCUGAGAGGUGUGACAUCGUUAUGACGUCAUGGGUUUCAUAACCAAUUACGAACGACUUUAGUCGAAAACUAAGUUUCACUAGCAUUUCAGCGGAGUAAUAAAGUUAGCUGUCCAGUGUCCACUGGUAUCCUUGUUUGACUGAAUACUCGAAAAAUGAAGCAAAAACCGGCAUUUUGACUUCCUGUAGCUAUGGCAGAGGUAGUGGCUGGCCCUUCUGGCAUUAAUUUUGACAGAGACCUUCGAUUUCCUACAGAUUGUUUGCAGUGCAAUGUGGGUUACUGUGAAUUUUAUCAUUAUUUGUCUAGUGGUGGUGGUAAAGAAGUUGUGAUUGAAUAUGCUCAGAGACAUAAUUUAAUUCUUCAGCCAAAAAAACUGCGAGUGUUGUGCAGCUAUUUGUCGGAUCGACUACAACAGGAACGCCUUUGGGUGAUAUCGCACUGUAGUGACGAAAGGACGUCGGCGUAAGCGAUGCGACACCCAAAUCUAUCUGCCACGGCAAAUAUUGAAAGAGCAAAAGAAAGAGUCAGAGCAAGAAAGGCUUGGAAAAAAGCUGGUAAUAAAGGCAAACCUCCAGUUGUGAAGAAAGAACCCACAAAACUUCCUCAUACCAUUGAGAGCUUGCGAGAACCAGAUGUCACUUAUGUGGACAGCGGUGAUCAAGAAAUAGAAUUGGAUGAGGCCACAGAUAAAUAUGCAAGUUAUUAUGCUAAAACCUAUGAACCAAAAGUUCUUUUAACCAGCAGUGUCAAUGCACAUCAAAGAACACAGGACUUUAUAAAAGAAUUACGCAGGUUAAUACCAGGCUCAGUUCGAAAGUUUCGACGUAAAUCAUCCAUAAAGAAAAUGGUUUCAGGAGCCAAAGCAAAUGAGUUUACCGAUAUAAUUGUUUUAAACGAAGACAAGAGACGUCCAAAUGGACUUUUGCUGAUUCACCUGCCAGAUGGACCAACUGCUUAUUUCAGGCUUAGCAACCCAAAACUAUGCCAAGAUAUCCGCAGAAAAUAUACAGAAAUCACUGCCCACAGGCCAGAGGUAAUUUUAAAUAACUUCAGGACACGACUUGGACAGAUGAUUGGCCGUAUGUUGGGGGCUCUUUUCCACUAUGAUCCAGAAUUCAAAGGUCGUAGGGUCUGCACUUUUCAUAAUCAAAGAGAUUACAUUUUCUUCAGACACCACAGGUAUGAAUUCCAGAAUACUGAAAAGGUACAUUUAAGAGAGCUCGGUCCAAGAUUUACACUACGCCUGCAGUGGUUACAAGAUGGUGCAUUUGAUGGAGACUAUGAGUGGCUGUUAAAGAGACAUGAGAUGGAACCAUCCAGGAGAAGAUUUGUCCUUUGAAACUUUUCAUGUACACCCAUUGUUUUCAAAAUAAAACACCCUGUUCUUCUAGUAA